UGUGGCCAUGUUCCUGCACCACUACUGCAUCCUCCUCCUCACUCUGCUAACAACCCUAUCCCUCGCUUCAUCUACCACCUCCUCCCCUUUCCCUUGCACCGGUGGCUCCAUAUACUUCACCGCCCACACUGUCGACAGCCUACUCUUCCAGAACCCGGACGUGCUUCAUGAUCUGUUCGUGUUCAAGUGCGUUAUUACGGUCGUGUUCAAUGCGGAUACGGGAGGCGAGGCCAGGAACGAAACGAGGAGGGAAGAGUUGGAGUAUGGGUUGGGCAGGGCGUAUGAGAUUAUGUCUAGUGCAUCGUUGAGGGGGUCAGGGGGGAGUGUUCGCAACAACACAAAGAUUCCACUCUACAAAUAUGAUGUCGCGGCUUCGCCUCUUCUGGGUCUAUCCAAUGUUCAAAUCCUCUUUCUUCGUCUACCAGACAGCACGUAUUACGGCCAGGGAUAUCGUGCUUGCCGAGAGGAGUCGUUGAAAAUGCUAUACAGCGCAGAAAUUUCUCGCAUUACAGCCACUGACAGAGCUGCUACGUAUACGAUCAGAGAUUUGAAGGAGAUCAUCGCAACAAUCCUGCGUGAGAGGCGUGCAGACGAUAUCCACGUACUGAACUACCUGGCGUCGCUCUCGACUGGCCAAGAUGACUAUCAACUCGAACAUGCUGACCGUAUCAUGUCUGCCAAGCUCGUCAUGGAUGUUGUAAAGGAGGAGGGUAUUGAGGGGAGAGUUGUAGCACAUGGCUGUGACGAGGUUCGCAACCAGGGGGUCAAUCUCAACACCCCUGAUUACAUCAACAAGGUCAAUGCCUUUUUCGAAUAUGCCAAAUACGAUCCUGACAUGUGUCAGAGUGUUGACGAGUGUGGCGAGCGACUCUCAAAAGCAGGCACAUCAAUAGGUGGCUAUAAUGAGGGCGACUACAUCUACGAGUUUCUAAAGCGGGAGUACUACGUCACAUAA